AACUGAUCCCUCCCUCCUGCCUGCCCGCCAGCCUGACCUGUGCCUGGCUCGCGGGCCGCAGCCUCGGCCCCGGCGCGUCCCCGGCAGCUCUCGACGCGAUGAGCAUAGAGACGCUACUGGAGGCGGCCCGCUUCCUGGAAUGGCAAGCGCAGCAACAACAGAGAGCACGUGAGGAGCAGGAGCGGCUUCGCUUGGAGCGGGAGCAGGAGCAGAAGAAGGCCAGUAGCCUGGCUAGGCUGGCACAUGCCCUGCCGGUAGAGGAGCCCCGCAUCGAGGCACCACCUCUGCCUCUGUCCCCACCGGCACCCCCACCAGCACCCCCACCACCACUUGCCACCCCCACCCCACUGACUGUCAUUCCUAUUCCUGUAGUGACCAACUCCCCUCAGCCACUGCCCCCAGCCCCACCACUGCCCCCUGCAGCCCAGCCACUGCCCCUGGCACCUCGUCAGCCGGCCCUGGUCAGCACCCCUGGACUCAGCAUUAAGGAGCCUGCCCCCCUGCCCACAAGGCCGCAGGUACCCACCCCUGCUCCACUUCUGCCAGACUCGAAGACUACCGUUCCACCCACUGGCAGCCCCAAGCCUUUGCAGCCCCUACCCACGCCCAUCCUGACCAUAGCACCACACCCUGGAGUCCAGCCUCACCUGGCCCCCCAGCAACCACCCCCACCCACGCUUGGGACCCUGAAGUUGGCACCAGCUGAAGAAGUCAAAUCCAGCGAACAGAAGAAGAGGCCUGGGGGGAUCGGAACCAGAGAAGUCCACAACAAAUUGGAGAAGAACAGAGCCGUGGACCAGGAGGGAGGUGUGGUCAGGCUGGGCCUCCUGGUUGCUGCAGACUUGACCUGUUGGCUGGCUGAUGUGGAUAGAAGUUUUGAGAUACCGUGGGCCCCGUGGCUGCUGCUCACAUGUCCUGCUGUCCCUUGCCCUGUCCCUCAGUCCUUGAAGAGGAAGGAGAAGGAGUACGAGCAUGAGAUGGAGCGGCUGGCUCGGGAGAAGAUUGCCACGCAGCAGCGGCUAGCGGAGCUGAAGCAUGAGCUGAGCCAGUGGAUGGACAUGCUGGAGAUUGACCGAGUGCUCCGGCAGACAGGCCAGCCCGAGGACGACCAGGCCUCCACCUCGACAGCCUCUGAGGGUGAAGACAACAUAGAUGAGGACAUGGAGGAGGACCGGGCGGACCUGUGCCCACCUAAGCUGAGCCAUCGUCCCCAGCCGGAGCUGCUGAAGUCCACCCUGCCACCCCCCAACACUGUCCCUGCACCUUUACCUCCCCACUCACACCCCCACCCCCACCCAGUGGCCCUGUCUCCUGCCCACCUCCCUGUGCAGCAGCAGCAGCCACCACAGAAGACUCCUCUGCCGGCCCCUCCUCCCCCACCGGCAGCCCCUGCCCAGACGCUGGUGCCAGCUCCGGCCCAUCUUGUGGCCACGGCGGGGGGCAGCUCCACGGUCAUCGCCCACACGGCCACCACCCAUGCCUCAGUCAUCCAGACUGUGAACCACGUUCUACAGGGGCCGGGUGGCAAGCACAUUGCCCACAUCGCCCCUUCGGCCCCCAGCCCUGCUGUGCAGCUGGCACCUGCCACACCCCCCAUUGGCCACAUCACAGUGCACCCUGCCACCCUCAACCAUGUGGCCCACCUUGGCUCCCAGCUGCCCUUGUACCCGCAGCCUGUGGCGGUAAGCCAGCCCGUGGCAGUUAGCCACAUCGCCCACACCCUCUCUCACCAGCAAGUGAAUGGCACAGCUGGGCUGGGGCCUCCAGCCACUGUCAUGGCAAAGCCAGCCAUGGGGGCUCAGGUGGUGCACCACCCCCAGCUGGUGGGCCAGACAGUGCUCAAUCCUGUGACAAUGGUCACCAUGCCCUCCUUCCCGGUCAGCACGCUCAAGCUGGCUUGAGGACGAGGUCACUCAGGCCCCCAAUGGGGGCAGGGCAGGGGACCUGUCCCCCACUCUCCUACCCACCAGCUCCACACAUUCCAGCCAGGCCCAGGCCUGCCCCACCCGCACCCACCCCCAGGCCUCCUAGGGGAAGGGGGUGCAGAGACUCUGAGCCAGGGGUGGGAGGGACUGCCCCAGGCAGUUGGGCACAGGGCAGGGGGUUAUCCUGCUGCCUUGGGACUUAGAAUGACUGAUGAGAGACAGUCUGGUGAACAAGCCACCUGUCCAGCCCGGUGCCGGCCUCAAUGCCAUUCCUGCCACCCUACCCUGUUCCCUGAAAUCAGUGUGAUGUGGACGUCUUGUUCUCUGACUUCUCCCCUGCCCUGCCCAUCUUCCUGUGCUGCUGCUGCUAUUGCUGUUCGGUGAGGUGGCUGAGUGCCCAGGCCUCCUCUCCUGAGCCUCAGUGUUCUCUUCCCAGGCCUUUGGAGGGGAAACGAGGGAAGCAGAACUGAAGCCAAUUAGCCCAGAAAUCUGGGGACUGGCAGGGGGUGGGGUGGGGUGUGAGGGGUCCUGCUCUGAGUACAGGUGACCGAUUCUAGGAAGUAGUUGGUCUGGAGUCCUACCCAGAAAGGUGGGUGUCCCACAGCGUGAGGCUCACUGACCCCGUUGUUGUCACUGUGAUUUAUUACAGUAGAAACUAUUUAUAAUGAGUGAUUCUGUAUCAACAAUAAACCAAACCUAAGCUCUGUCCCCUGUCCCCCAACCUCUGCUACUGGACUUCUGACUUCAGGAAGGCAGUCUGAGGGUGAGGGUAGGGAAGAAGGGGCUUGGCUGUCUGGCCUCCCAUCCCUGUCCCCAAAAGCCUGGGUCUGGAUAGGAGGAGAGCUACUCUGGACCUCUAUUUCCAUCCCUGGGCUUGGCUCUUGACUUCCAAAAAGCAGUGAGAAGGGGCCCUGUCUAGUGGACACUCCCCUGGUUCCCUGAAUUCUGCUCAGUGCUGUGCACUCCCCCAAGGGAUAGGUGGGCCUGGCUGUCUGGGUUUGGAUGCCUCCUGCAGUUUGGGAGACAUGGACCAGAACCUGGCCUUGGUUCCAGGAGCCUAGAAGUCACAUUGUUUGAGGCAUCAGGAAGUUGAAAUCUAGGGGCUUGUAUAAAACCCUAAAUCCCUCCCCAAACAGGCUCUGGCGACCUGUGGAGAAGGGGGCAGGCAGAGUUGGGGUGUAGUGGCUAUGGUGGGGGGCUGCUGCUGCUCCAGCCUCUACUGUCAUCUCUGGCCUGGACCACUCCCCUUUCUCCAGUGGGCAAUUUUGAGUCCCCUCUCUGGUGGGGGCUGCUGUGCAUCACCACUUUCCUCUGAGAAAUGGUCAGUUAGAUCAAGGACAGGACUGAGCUUGGGGUGGGGAGGAGUAAGGGGGUCCUAUGUUAGGGAAUGCUGCUUUCCCCCUCUGCCUUGGCAGGCUGGCUUCUCUUUUUAUGUGGGUAUUUACUGCAAGUGGCCUUGUGUCAAACACGCUCAGUUACACGCGUGCACACUCAGCUCCCCACCUGGACCCACACUAAUGGCCUUUCGGUGUGUGUGGCGGGGGUAGGGAAGUGAUUGUCCCUGGGUGUGACCCUUGCCUGAUGGGCUGGGGCAGUGGGCUAGGCAGUUGAGGGGGCCUGGAGAGGAGAGUUCAGGGUCUUCUGAGACCAGCAGAGGUCUUGAAUAGAUUCUCCCUUGAAAUGAAGACUCCUUCAAUGCCUAGGAACUUCCUUUCAGUUCCUUCCUGGUCCUGGAGACCUCCCUGGAGCUGUUAUUCUCAUUUGCCUCUCCUGGGGUGGGGAAAGGGAUGGCCUGUGGGAGGGAAUCCUGUGCCCACCCCAGCGCAGUAGUCCCAUCUCACUGGCCUGCCGCCAUUCUGCAGCUGCAGCCCCCUUCACCAGAUACCUUGGCUCUCAGGGGAGCCGGCUUUGCUGUUCCCAUUGUGACAGUGAAAAGAGCAGGGGGAGUCUGGGGCAGGCCCGACACUCCAGGAACAAUCAGAGCAGCUUUGGCGAACCCACCCUCCCCUCAGCCUGUUCCCCUCUCCUUGCAUCCUGAGGCCAGUGGCCCCUCGGCCUGCACAGAUACCUCAUCAUCCACCCGCCACCCCUCCCCUCCCUGACCCCCAGCAGUGGGGGCCUCCAAAUCUAGUGCCGAAUGACUAUGUCCAGAUUGGUGACGAUGGGUGUUGUUGCUGUUGUUUCUGUUGCUGUUUGUGAAUGCUGUGAUGCUGUGUGCCCAAGUGGGCAGCCACCACCCAGCACUUCCUUGGGCAUCUCCCCUCCGAGAGCUGUCAGGACCACAUCUUUCCUCACCCAGUGGGACUGCCUGUCCGUUCCCUCCCUAGCCCUUCCAGCCUGGGACAAACACACACACACACA